AUGUCCUCCUGCACCACUUGCAGCAAGCCAGCCUUCGAGUUCCCUCUGAAGCGGUGUGCCAAGUGUACACUCACCGAAUAUUGUUCCCGCGAGUGCCAAAAACAGGACUGGAAAGCUCACAAAAAAAUCUGCGGCAAGCCAGGCCAGCCCAGGGCCGAAGGACGCCCUUUUGCCAACAGCAUGCAUUCCCAGCCUCACAUGGAGGGUAAUAACUCCUUCGGCCAACUCAACCAAGGUUCCUGGCUGCAUGGCCGCCCUGAAAAGAUGUCUACAAACUACUCGUCGGUGUAUACCGCCUCCGCGCUGAUGACCAAUACAACUUUGAAGGAGACGCCGAUGAGGAUGGCCUCUACGGUGGCGCCAGGGACUCCAUCGAACCUUUUCGCCGCUUCCUAA